AUGGGAGUUUCCACAUAUGGUCUCUGUGUUAACUGCAAUUCUCAUCAAGAAACUAGAAACCACCUAUUUUCUAACUGCUCCAUGGCUGCUCGUCUAUGGAAUUCUAUCUUAAAUCUGAACGGGAUGAAUCAGAAUUUUUCGACAUGGGAAGGAAUGGUAUCUCGUGCUUGCUUAACUUGGAAGGGGAAGUCUCUACUCACCACCAUUUUGAAGAUCUCGUGGAAUGCGUUUAUCUAUUACCUAUGGCAGGAACGGAAUCAGAGAAUAUUUCAGGCUCGUUUUCGGGAUGUUGUUGUUAUUCUUAAAGACAUCAUUGAUACUGUUGGUAUUCGACUUAGGGACAAAGUUAUUAACAGACUAGAUAAUACCAACUCUAACCUCAGUAAUGCUUGGGGUUCAGCUCUGAUCAAGCUGGUAAUUCCUCAUGCAGGUUCAGUAAUGAUCAAGAUGGUAAUUCCUUAUGGACCUAAGGCGACCCUUGGGUGGGCUUCUGGGCCCAAUGAGCCUAGUGGUAAGACCUUAUGGACCCCAAGGUCGCUCUGGUUGCCCUAA